GAUAUAGCACUGUGACUGCACGAUCAUCCUUCUAGGGCUUGGCACUGCUAAUAAGGGACAUUGAAAAAAAAUUUGGGUUCGGGAGUUGUUGUUUACGGAAAUUCUGCAGUCAUGGACUCAAGAACAGGGUUUGUCUUAUUAUGGAUGCUGCUGUCAUACACAUCUACUGGAAUCAAACUAGAUGGAAACGGUUAUGUUGACAUUGUUUUUGUAAUCAGUUCGGACAUUCCAGAGGAUGACAUGCUCAUUGACAAAAUCAAGGACAUGGUCACUGAAGGGUCAGUUCAUCUGUAUAAAGCAUUGGAUAAAAAGGUCUAUUUUAAAGAAGUUACAAUACUAGUGCCAUUCAACUGGAAUGGUAAGGGUUUUGCCAGAGCAAGAACAGAGUUAUUUGAAAAGGGCAGAAUAAGGAUCGAUAAUCCUCAUCCAGCAUACGGUGAUGAACCGUACACUAACCAGUAUGGUGAAUGUGGAGCCGAGGGUCAGUACAUUCAUUUUACCCCAAACUUCCUCCGAAAUGACACAUUCAUUCAGCUUUAUGGGUCAAAAGGAAAGGUCUUUGUGCAUGAAUGGGCUCAUCUGAGAUGGGGCGUAUAUGAUGAAUAUAGUGAAAAAACUCCAUUCUACCGCUCUGCCAAUGGCAAUAUUGAAGCCACAAGGUGUAGUGAAAACAUUGAAGGUCAGCUUCGAGAUGUUAGUACUGAUCAACUGUGCCACAAUGAUCCACAAACUUCACUACCGACUGAGGGGUGCAAGUUUAUUCCCAACAAAGAUUCAUCCACAAACAGCUCCAUGAUGUUUUUUCCAAGCAUGGAUUCUGUGAUCACGUUUUGUCGUAAAAGCGAGCACAAUUAUGAAGCCCCAAAUAUGCAAAAUGCAAAAUGCAGCAACAAAGCCACUUGGACCGUAAUAUUUGAGGAUUCUCUGGAUAAAGAUGCACUUAGCUCUCUGCAACCAUUAGAAUCAACUCCACCAGAACCAACUUUUAAAGUUGUGCAGCGAAUGCAAAGAACUGUUUGUCUGGUUCUUGACAUCUCUGGAAGCAUGCAAGGCUCUCGUAUUAUUCGACUGCAGCAGGCUGCUGAUUAUUUCAUUCGGAACAUCAUUGAGGAUCAGUCCAGUCUGGGAAUUGUGACCUUUAAUACUGAUGCUUCUACUCUCAGUACCUUAACUACUAUUGACAAAGAGUCCACACGAGACAAUCUUUCUAAUUUGUUGCCAAAAGUAACAGGAGGAUCGACAAACAUGUGCAAAGGCCUUAAUCUAGGCUUACAGGUACUCAAAAUGGACAAUGAAGAUGUAUUAGGAGAUGAAAUUGUUUUUCUGACAGAUGGUGAAGCAACAGAUAACAUUAGGUUUUGUGUUCCAGCUGCGAUUAGCAGUGGAGCCAUUAUACACACAAUAGCUUUGGGUAAUAAAGCAGAUAAAGCACUGAGAGAAAUGGCCGACAAAACUGGGGGGAAGUUUAUUACAGCCAGUGAUGACGUUCUUUCUAAUCAGCUACUGAAUGGAUUUUCUUCACUAACAAUGCCAACAGGAAACCAAACAAAAGAUCCAGUUCAGAUAGACAGUGUGGGGGAAAAAAUAUCUGGCUGGUUCAAUGGGACAGUAUUAGUGGAUCGUACUAUUGGUUCCAAAACCAGCUUUACAAUAACCUAUGAAGCCAGUUUACCUCGCAUUUCCAUACAGUCCCCAAAUGGUUCAAUCUUCAAUCAAACGCAGAUGCAUCAUGAAAAUUUAGCAAAAACGGUCUCUCUCAAAAUUCCAGGAAUUGCACAGCCUGGAGACUGGAAGUACAGUAUCUUAAGUCCAAGACUUCAGGUUCUGACUGUAACAGCAACAAGUUACGCGGCACAUGCAAAUGUUCCUCCCAUCACUGUCAAAGCCCACACGGAUAAGCAGUUCAGCGAUGGCGGUAAACCCAUGAUAGUGUUUGCUGAGGUUAAUCAGAACUACAAGCCUAUCAUAAAUGCUCAUGUGUGUGCUACAGUGGAGUCCGAAUCUGGGUCAGCAGCACCAUUUCAACUCCUGGACAAUGGAAUAGGUGCUGAUGCUUUUAAAGAUGAUGGAGUUUAUUCCAGAUAUUACACACAGAUGAAAGAAGGGAGAAGCAGCUUGAAAGUAAGUGUAAAAAGUCAAGAUGGACAAGCCAGAUUUACUCUUCAAAAAAGAGGUGGCGCACCGUACGUACCCGGAUAUGUGGUGGACGGUGUAGUGGAGCUGAACCCACCAAAGCCUUCAGUUUCUGAGGAACUACAGGAGGUUGAAAGCUUCACCAGAACAGCCACUGGUGAGAGUUUUGAGGUAAUGGGCUCAAUUACACCAAAUUUCCCUCCUAACAAAAUCACAGAUCUGAGUGCUGAGAUCCAAGACGAUGCUGUGCUUCUCAGCUGGACAGCUCCUGGUGAAGACCUCGACCAAGGGACAGCUGAAUCCUAUCAGAUCAGGUGGAGCUUUGACCUGAAAAUGCUUCAACAAAACUUCAGCGAUGCUCAUCCUGUGGACACAUCUGCCGUCUCACCACAGGUGUUUGGAUCAGUUGAACAGCAUGCAUUCAAUCUCAGUUUACCAAUCCAAAAUGGCACCACUCUCUUUUUUGCGAUUCAGUCUCAGGAUGAACAAAAUGCUAAAUCUGAAACCUCCAACAUUGCUUCAGCCUCAAAGAUCCUCCCAAGUCCAAUCCUUCAGGAAAUAUCAAACCCAGGUUUGAAUUGGAACGUUUUCGUCACUUCUUUGUUUGUGGUAACUAUGAUCAUAUGCUUUAUUGCUGGUGUAAUCACAUGGGCAGUGAGACGAAGAAGAUCUGUAUUAAUCUGAUGCAAGCUAUAUCAAAGCAGUCUUCGUCUGCUUUGUUAUUUUGACCAUAAUGCUUCAGAAUAUUUUGUAAAACAAUAUUUCUCUAAUAGAAUUCUCAAUUCUGACAUCUUCUCAGUCAAUGGUUUUCCUCUGUAAACCUUUUUUUUUCAAAUACAAUUGAAUAAAAACAUACCUGUACCGCAGAAGGCAUUAAUU